ACUGCCCCAACCACAACUACUACUGCCCAAACCACAACAACUACUGCCCCAACCACAACUACUACUGCUCCAACCACAACAACUACUGCUCCAACCACAACAACUACUGCACCAACCACGACAACUACUGCACCAACAACUACUACUGCCCCAACCACAACUACUACAGCUCCAACCACAACAACUACUGCCCCAACCACAACUACUACAGCUCCAACCACAACAACUACUGCCCCAACCAGAACAACUACUGCUCCAACCACAACAACUACUGCCCCAACCACAACUACUACUGCACCAACUACAACUGCACCAACCACUACAACUGCUCCAACCACUACAACCACUGCCCCAACUACAACAACCACUGCACCAACCACAACCACUACUGCUCCAACAACAACAACUACUGCCCAAACCACAACUACUACAGCUCCAACCACAACAACUACUGCCCCAACCACCACAACUACUGCCCCAACCACAACUACUACUGCUCCAACCACAACAACUACUGCUCCAACCACAACAACUACUGCACCAACCACGACAACU